CAGAGCCGGCCCACGGCAUAGGCGGCCUAGACCGUUGCCUAGGGCGCCAUCUGGUGAGGGGGCGCCAAAUGGCAGUCUCCCUCUCAGUCUUUCUUUCCUUUUUUUUUAAAUUUUUUUUUUAUUCACUUUCUUAAUGCACCAUUAUGUUUACUCUCAGUCUCUCAACCUAUAAAUAACUACAAAUUUUGUGAAACUUAAAAUAAAACUCGUUUUCACUAAUCAUGACUCACAACUCUCGCGAGUUGUGAGUCACGCAUGCAUCCUUUUCCAUCUGAUCUGCGGCGCCGCCGCCGGGGCGGCGCCCCGCGCUACUACAGCAUGCUGUUGAGUUUACAAGGUGAGUGAGUGGGGGAUGGGCAGCGCAUCCCAUCAGUUUAUUGAUGAGAUGGUCGUCGUCGUAGCGCUGUCAUUUUUGUAAACAUAAAACUUUUAUCAUGAAAAGGCUGUCCAAGCCUUCGGGUGCUGCUUUCAGAAAGCGAAGAAGAGAAGAGGAGGAGAAACGGGCUCAAAGUCGAGAUGCUCUGAGAAAAUAUCUACAGCCACGACAGGGGCCAACUGUAGAAGCUGCUGCAGAAGAGGCAGCAAGCUCGGUCUCACAGUUACCUUCUCCUGUGGCUGUUAGUGACAGUGACAGUGAACAUUCAUCUCAAGCAUUAAGCAGAAGCACAGCAGUGAUUGAGACACAACUUCAAAAUGUUGAUGCUGGAGCAGUCAGUGAAGCACCAAGCAGCAGCACUGUAAUUCUUCAGACACCACCUCAAACGGUUGAACCAGAAGGACCCAGCACCAGCAGUCUCAAUACAAUCCGCCAGCCUACAGGCGCUCCAUCAACAUCAACAGAUGUAUGUGAGCCCAUCUCAGCAGCCCCCAUUGAUCCCGCUGAUUGGCCACCCAACUUGUCUGAUUCAGAGAGGACUGAAUUGGUUAGUCGAGGACCACCUGUAAUAAGGUCAGACUUCUCGUUCCCCAAAAAACAGGAUGGAAGAAGUUGCCAUCACCGCCAUUUCUUCAGACUGUUGACCAAUGGGGAAAAAAUCAAAAGGUCAUGGCUCAUGUAUUCAAAAAAGAAAGAUAGUUUGUACUGUUUCUGCUGCAAGCUCUUCUCACAGAAGACUUUUAAACUUAGCAAGGAUGGCACUGAUGACUGGAAAAACUGUGGUGACAUACUUAAAACACAUGAAAACAGUAAAGAACACACAAAUAACAUGGGAAGCUGGAGAGAACUUGAAAGUCGUUCAAAAAAGGGUCAAACAAUUGACAAUAUUGAGAUGGCCAUAAUACAUGCUGAAAGGAGGAGAUGGCGGGAAGUUCUCACCAGACUUGUGGCAAUUAUUAAGUCACUGGCAGAGAGAAAUAUUGCACUCAGGGGUUCCACAGACCAACUUAAUCAGCCAAACAAUGGAAAUUUCCUUAAGGAAGUGGAGUUAAUGGCUCAGUUUGAUCCUGUGCUGAAAGAGCACAUUAUUAAGAUUGAAGGAGGAGCCAGUCACACAACCUACCUGGGGAAGACCAUUCAAAAUGAACUGAUUGACUGCCUUAGUGAAAGGAUUUUGCAUGCCAUUGUAAAGGAAAUCAAUGAGUCCAAAUAUUACGCAAUCAUUUUAGACUGCACACCUGAUGUGAGCCAUGUGGAGCAAUUAUCAGUUAUAAUUCGCAUUGUCUCUGUUGAAGGCACUCCACAGAUUAAAGAACAUUUUCUGGGGUUUCUAGAGGCAGAGGAAACAACAGGAGAAGGCCUCUCAGCCCUCAUUCUUAAGAAAUUACUACAACUUAAUAUCCCAUUUGAUGACUGCAGAGGGCAAUCAUAUGACAAUGGAGCAAACAUGAAGGGCAAAAAUAAGGGAGUCCAAGCUAGACUGCUCCAGGUCAACCCGAGGGCUUUAUUUGUGCCAUGUGGAGCACACACUGUGAACUUGGUUGUCUCUGAUGCAGCAAAAAGCUCUGCUGAAGCCACAUGUUACUUUGGCUACCUGCAGAAACUCUUUAAUCUAAAUAAUAACAGUAUGACAUGGUUAAAACCUACAAAAAGUGGAUUUUGCAUGAUAUAG